AUGCUCGACAAUGGCAACUUUGUUCUCUAUGAUUCCGAGUCCAGAAUCAUCUGGCAGAGCUUCGACAACCCGACAGACACCCUCCUCCCCGGCCAGCGCCUCCUGGAGAGGGAAGAGAUCGUCUCCAGCGCCUCGGAGACAGACUAUGGGAGAGGGAAUUUCAGGCUGAAGAUGCAACAUGAUGGAAACCUCGUGCAGUAUCCUGUCAACACGCCGGACGCAACGCCUUACGAUUACUAUGCAUCAGAAACAAACACGGAUGGUAACGUCUCUCUCAACCUCGACCGAGACGGCCGACUCUAUCUGCUGCACAACGAUAGAGUGACUCUGCUGAAUAUAUCCAAUGGUGGACUCCCUACGCAGGGAUCCAUCAAUUUUAUGAGGCUCGAUGUCGGAGGAAUCUUCCGCAUCUAUUCUCUCUCCCUCGGUGAUCUCAACUUGACCAGGAGAUGGUCCUCCACGGAGGACGAGUGUGCUCCCAAAGGUAUCUGCGGAAUCAACGCCUUCUGUAUUCUGAUAGAUAGUGCGCCAGAAUGUCAGUGUCUUCCCGGUUUCGUCUUUGUUCAGUCCGUCUGUUCAAGAAACUUCUCGGUGCAGGGCUGUUCCAAAACGGACAAUAGACUUAGGUACGAUAUGAGAACAGUCGAAAACACCGUAUGGGAGGAUAGCUCAUAUGAGAUCUUGCAAAUGAUGAUGAAUGAAGAAGAGUGCAGCAAAGCAUGCCUCGAUGACUGCAACUGUGAAGCAGCCUUCUAUAAAGACGGCCAAUGCAAAAAGCAGAGGCUUCUGUUAAGAUAUGGAAGAAGGUCUCUAGAAGACUCAAACGUGGCUGCUCUCAUUCGCUUCGGUACAAACACAGUACCCGACAUUGGAGGCGAUUCGGACCGUAAAAGAAUCAUCAAGAAUGAGGGGCGUAUGGACAUCCUCAUCAUCGGAAUUGUUCUCAUGUCCAUAGGCGUCUUGACGUUGUCAAUUUCUGUGAUAUUUGUUCGCCAGAGACAGAAGGACUACAUGAAGAUCAGCAAGGAAGCUGGAGAUAGCUUUGUCGAGGGCAUUUCGCUGCAAGUGUACACAUUCCAGCAUCUGUCCGAAGCAACAAACGGCUUCAAGGAAGAGGUGGGGAGAGGAGCAUCUGGCACGGUGUUCAAAGGGGUUAUGCAGAAUGGCCUGAAAAUGGUGGCGGUGAAGAGGUUGGAGAAGGAAUUCGCACAAGGAGAAAGAGAGUUCCAGACAGAGUUGAAGACGAUUGGAAAGAUGUAUCACCGGAACCUAGUCCGGCUCUUAGGUUACUGCUUCGAUGGAGACAACAAACUACUGGUGUUUGAGUAUAUGAGGAACGGAUCCCUUGCAAACAUACUUUUCAAUCAAGAGAAACGACCAAACUGGGAGGAACGGAUGGAUAUCGCUCGAGAUGUAUCGAGAGGGAUACUGUAUCUGCACCAAGAGUGCGAGACGCAGAUCAUUCACUGCGAUAUAAACCCUCAGAACAUACUAAUGGACGAUAACUGGCGUGCAAAGAUAUCUGAUUUUGGGCUGGCAAAGCUACUGAAACAAGAUCAGACUAAUACAAUUACUGGGAUAAGAGGCACUAAGGGCUAUGUUGCACCAGAGUGGUUCCAAAAGCAGCCGAUCACAGUGAAAGUUGAUGUGUAUAGCUUCGGAGUGAUGCUAUUGGAGAUCAUAUGUUGUAGGAAGUGUGUUGAUUCGAGCAAGAAUGAGAAGAGGCAAUUCUUGAGGAAUGGGUUUACGACUGUUAUGCAACAGGGAAGAUUGGGAGUCUGGUGGGGGAUGAAACGGUGGAUGAGAGUGAAGUGGAGAGGAUGGCAAAGAUAGGGAUAUGGUGUGUGCAGUCUGAGCCGUCGCUACGUCCAACAAUGAAGAACGUUCUGCUAAUGUUGGAGGGUAUUAUCGACAUUCCCGAACCUCCUAAUCUUGGUUCUUAUUCUUAAGCCAUCU